UGCUGGGAAGGAGUGCCCAGGCCGGUUCUUUUGUCUAGAAUAAAAAUGGGUGCUACUUUGAAGUCCCUCGUUUACCUUCUGAAAGAAGCUCUCUUCACUUCAAAAUACAUCAACUACAUAAUGAUACUGAUACUGAUAAUGGAGAGUGUCCUGGUGCCAGUGAUUGUAUGGAAAGUACCUUAUACUGAAAUUGAUUGGAAGGCUUACAUGUCUGAGGUUGAAGGAUUUUUGAAUGGAACCAGAGACUAUUCUAAACUUAGAGGAGACACUGGACCCCUUGUGUAUCCAGGAGGUUUCCUGUACAUAUAUUCAAUAUUGUAUUAUCUUACUUCAAGAGGAUCUGACAUUAAACUAGCUCAAGUUAUAUUCUCUCUCCUCUACCUCCUCAAUAUGACUCUGAUACUUCAGAUAUACAAGAAAUUAUCUAACUUGGCCUCUUUCUCUCCGGUCCUCCUCCUCUUCCUAUCCCUCACUGGUUACAGGGUACACUCCAUUUUUGUACUGAGACUCUUUAACGAUACUGUUGCCAUAGCAACCCUUCACAUAGCCAUCCUCCUACUAAUUAAUAAUUAUUGGAAUAUGGGAUGUAUAUUGUACAGUGUUGCUGUUUCUAUUAAAAUGAAUAUAUUACUCUAUAGUCCUGGAUUGGGGUUUAUAUUAAUGAAGAGAUUUGGAAUUAAAGAAACAAUAAAGAAAAUAAUUUUAUGUGGACUAGUACAGGUUGUUAUUGGUUCUCCAUUUCUCUUAUCUCAUCCUGUAUCAUACUUGAUGAUGUCAUUUGAUGUCACUAGAGUGUUCCUUUAUAAAUGGACUGUGAACUGGAGACUAGUACCUGAAGAAGUGUUUGUAUCAAGAUGGUUCCACUCCUCAUUAUUAAUAAUACACUUAUUAUUAAUUAUACUAUUUAUUAAUUAUAAAUGGAUGAAGUCAAUGAGGUACAGGGACCUGUUCUCCUGGACCAGUAAUGGAUCAAUGGCUACUAGUGAAGAACUGGUCUAUUGUAUGUAUGUGAGUAACUUCAUUGGAUUAAUGGUCUCAAGGUCACUCCACUAUCAGUUCUAUGUUUGGUAUUACUAUACACUACCAAUACUGAUGGUAUGGGCCAGGAUUAAUACCCUAAUUAGUAUGUUACUGCUGGUUGGUAUGGAGUAUUGUUGGAAUGUGUUCCCAUCAACUGUGUAUUCAUCAUUACUGCUACACAUUAUUCAUAUUAUUAUUAUUAGUAAUUUAUUUAUUAAUGUUGAAUUCAUUUCUACACAUUUCUCAAGUUCAGUGCACUUGUCUAUGUGGUACGUAUUGUCAAUUGUUGGUAUAGUAGGCCAGUAUAUUGUUAAUUGCAGUAUCUUCAAUUGA